AUGCAUGCUCUACUAAUCGUCGGAGCUUCAUUUUUCGUGCUAGCAAAUGCUGCCGCAAUAAUCACUGCUGAUUCAAGUUUGACAAGCGAUCAAUUAAUUCCAAUCGAAAGGGAACGGUCUGAAACACCAGAACAAGUUUUCCUCCGCCUUGAUCGCAAUGAAGAUAACCACAUCACUUUCUCCGAGUUUCUCAGAACCGAUAAAGAAUAUGUGGCCCGAAAAAUGAAGGAAUACUUGGAAGCAGACAUUAAUGGUGACAAUGUAAUCGAUUUUGAGGAGUUUAUUCAAUCCGAAAAAGCUGUAAAAACUUUGGAAAAGGCGAAGAAGGCAAAAGAAAUUGCCGCCCAACGGGAAGCAGAGGGGGAGGAUUAUGAGGAUGAAGAGGAAGAAUCUGAAGAAAAUCAAUCGCAAGAACCCGAGCAAACGGGGUCUCAAGAGGAGGAUGUGGAAGUUACCGAAUCCCCACUUGAUGCUGCUAAAAUGUUGGCAUUGAAAAGAUCUAGUCAGGAUCAUUUCAAGAUUUAUGACCAAGAUCGUGAUGGUUUGCUAAACGAGACCGAAAUGGUGGAGAUGGUUCAAGAUUAUCUUGAAAGCGUUUUACUUGUUAAACCCAAAAAGCUAUUAAAUAUCUAUGAUCGAAACAACAAUGGCGGGUUAGAGCCACGAGAAAUGUGGCAACUAGAAAAGGAUAUGCCGAUCGAAUUGAUUGAGCCGUAUCUAGAAACCGAUGGCCGACUUCAUGAUGAAGUGCUUACUGACGACGAGCUUGACGAAUUGGAUCUCUCCGACGCCGAGAAGAACUACAUAAUUUUUCGAAAAAACCGACGGAAAUCAGAAAAUGACGAGUUCUAUGUGGAGGGCAUGGAAGAAUAUAUU